AUGGAAGCUAUCACGAUAUUUAUCGCCACGAAACUGCCCGGAUCAAUGGCAUCUCUGACGACAUCCACCAAAGCGUCCGGGAGCGCUUUCCACGGAAUUGCGCCGCGGGUGCUCCGAGGAAAAGUCAAAGUUCCCAGCAGUGCUGGUGUGAAGCGAACCUCGAGCGAAGUAGGGGCCGCUCUGCCGCCCAGCCGCCCAGCAAGCGAAUAUCCUCAGCAUCUCCGGUCAAGGCAAGCGUAUCCCUGCCCGACAGGGUCCACCGGCGUGUCAUCUUGCGCGGCUUUGCAGUGCCAAAUCUACAGAGCAAAGCCGUGCGCGACCUCGGUCAGUACCUUGGCGGGCUGCAUCAACGGACACGAAUCCCUGCGCGAUGCCGGCUUUCUCCACAGGGACAUGUUCAUCAACAAUCUCAUGUUCAACGCGGACUCUGCCAAUCCUUCCUGGGCAUCUCUCCUGAUCGAUCUAGACCUUGCAGCUAGGGAACCGCGGGUUGCUUCUUCUGGAGCCAGGGGUAUCACGGGCACGCGGGCCUUGAUGGCCGUUGGAAUUCUUCUCAACGAGCCCCAUUCGUUUAUGCACGAUCUCGAAUCGUUUUUCUGGGUGCUCUUCUGGAUCUGUAUUCACUACCAUGGUUCCGGGAGAAGAAGGACGAGUAAAAUAUUCGAAAGCUGGAACUAUCUCGACGCGGGCUAUCUGGCUGUCGUGAAAAAAAAAAAAAAAAAGGCAUCGUUGCGAGCGAGGCCGGCCGACUUGCCGAGAUGGCAAAUGCCUAUUUUACCCCUGCUUUUCGAGCAUUGA